AGCACCUCCAAAGUUCAAACUAUUACCUUUUCCCAAUUAUAGAAGCAAUCAAAAAUAUUAAAUGAAGAAAAAAAACAUCUUCUUCUUCCCUCUCUUCAACUUCUGUCCUCUUCUGGCGUUGCUAACAUGCGCACAUCUUUGUCCAGCUUAUCCUGCGCCGCCUCCCCUUCCUUCCUAUGCAUUUGCAUGUUCUCUGCCAGUAUUUUCCUCUGACUGCAAAAUCGGUGUUUCUUUUGAACGCUGCUACCAGAAGUGGAGAAGAUAUAUUUUUGAUAUAUAGGGAUAAAGCAUGGAGGCGAUGUAUAGUUCCCUUCUGCAAAUUUCUCCUUGUGCUGGUUCGAGACCACUUGGAGGGAAACCACAUGUGGCAGCAGAGUUUGUAUUUAAUCGGAAAAAUUUUGGUGUGAAUUGGAAAGGUAUGAGCAAAUCACCAUGUCGAAGCGCUUCAAAUCAGUGGAGAAAGUUUUUGGUGCUUUCACAAUGUUGUAAAGAUUACCAAACGCCAACUCUGGAACUGAGAGACUUCUAUGCUUCUUUUGAUAAACAAUGUUCGCUGAAGAGAAAAGCACAGGAGGUUGCUUCAUGCCUAAAGGAACGCUGUAUAUUUCUUGUUGGAAUGAUGGGCUCUGGAAAAACAACAGUGGGCAAGGUUUUGGCCGAGGCGCUGGGUUAUUCUUUUGUUGAUAGUGAUGUCUAUGUGGAGAAGGCUGUCGGUGGAACUUCUGUGACUCAAAUAUUUAACGAGUAUGGGGAGAAAUUCUUUAGAGAUAAUGAGAGUGAGGCAUUGCAGGAGCUGUCCUUAAUGCCCAAACAAGUUGUUGCUACAGGUGGUGGUGCGGUAGUUCGGGCAAUUAACUGGCAUUAUAUGAAGCAGGGGAUCACUGUUUAUCUAGAUGUACCUCUUGAUACAUUGGCAAGGAGGAUUGCUGCUGUUGGAACUAACUCCCGACCUCUUUUACAUUUUGAUUCUGGUGAUCCUUACACUGCGGCAUUUGUGGGACUUUUUACUAUUUCGAAAAAGAGAUCUGACUCUUAUGCAAAUGCUGAUGCUAGGGUUUCUCUCCAUUAUCUUGCUGCCAAUAUGGGUCUUGAAGAUAUAAGUGAUCUCACACCAACUGCCAUAGCAAUGGAGGUGCUUGUGCAGAUAGAGAAGCAUCUGAAAGGAAAUGGUGAUAUAUCAACCCCAACGCCUGCUUGAUAACUCGAAUUUCUGAGGUUUUGUUUGUCUUUCUUAUAUAAUAUUUCUGGGGGUUUGUAUGGAUUUAGUUAUGUAAAACGCCACACCACCCCCCCCCCCCCCAAAAAAAAAAAAAAAAAAAAAAACUAGUCUCGAGUGAUAGCUCCAUCACCUUCUACAAACAGAAAGAGUAUUAUGUAAUUUAGACUACAUAAUUUAAAUUAUUAGAUUAGGCUAAAUUUCUUGAUAUUGAAGGUUGCGCUCCAUUUAGGAAUUUUUAUUUUGUAAUCUAAACUACAAAAUAUAUAACUAUUCUGCAA